CCUCGACCUUCGGCACGUGGACUUCACUACUGGCCUCAUACUUGUACUUCGCUGGCCUGGCUCCUCACCUGUUCGUACAGCAAACUGCUGCCGCCGGGCCUCAGACAGCCCAGAGACCCAGGACGACAACGACCCCUGACUAUUAAAAUACCCCUUCUCAACAACACCCUGGUAGAGAACUGAGCUCUGGCCUGCAUCUUGGCGCACCGAUGGGCUCUAUGGCUCGACCAUUGGCCUGACUAUUCUCGCCCGGUGCUCAUUCUCCACACCAGAUGGCCAUCCUUACUGAGAGGCAUGUUCGCGUGGGCGCAGGAAGCGACUGAAGGUGCCUCCGUACCGCUGACCGUAACUUAGCCAUCGUGUUCGCGUCAGAGACGUGUAGAGCAUUCAUUAUCUGCGACAAUAGACCCACGCCCCAGAACAAACCUAGCAAACGAGGUGCUCGGGAUAGCGCCGCUGGCACGACCUCCGACUGACAAACGCGACUGACAAACGGACUCGACAUGGCGCCCAAUCUAUUCGGUCACCUCGCUCCGCCCUCUGGAGUGGCUCGGUCCUUCUACGAAGAGCUGCGAGCUCAUGAUGAUGGUAUUGGUGACGGCAGCCGCGACUUAGAAGAAGGCAAGGGCCUGAAUAUCGACGAAGAGAACCGUCAACAACAGUUUCCCGAUCUUGAGACGGAUGGGCUAGACCCUGGCGACGGCCGCAUGACUGCCGACAGCGCUGCUGUGUACGGAACAGACCGUCUUGGCAACGCAACGAGGGAACAUCCCAUCCGGAGCGGCAACGCGGCACGUUGGCUUCCGCAUGAAGAAGAUCCCGAUAACGAUGUACCGGAAUCCCUUUUGCUUGAGCCUACUGAAGCGGCAACGACCCGAAGACCGGGCGGCGAGCGUUCUGGCCGUCCAUCGCCGACACCAAACCUACAUAUAGCGAAUCCUAGCGGGCGGUCGCAGAUACUCUGGGGUGCUUCGACUGCACAGCAGCGUCUACACCGAGACGAUAGCUACCGCCGAGUGCCAGCUCAGCCAAGAAGUACUGGAUUUGGUGCAUUCACUGGUGGCAGGCGGGAAAAGGCGUUGUGGCGAUGGGUCAACACGUCAAACCUCGACAGCUUCAUGAGGGACGUGUACGACUACUACGAAGGCGGCGGAUUACUGUGCAUUCUCUGUGCGAACGCUUUAUGGCUUUUGUUAGUCCCGAAUGAGCCCCCCAGAAAGGCUAUGAUAUAGUACCAUAUGCUAACUCUAACCAGGGAGACAUUAUUUGUUGCAGUGCUGCUGACGUUCCUCAGCCAAUGCGUCGACUACAGAAAGGUUCCUCACAGCAAAUCACUGAGUCAAGUCGUGGUUCCGCAGUGCACUCGCAAUAUGUCCGGCGUGUGGAAUUUCGGCAUCUGGCUGUACUCCUUCUUUUUUAUUUGGAAAGCAGUACAAUAUUUUUUUGAGAUUCGACGACUCAUCUAUGUACGCGAUUUCUACGUAUACCUUCUCGAAAUUCCCGAACCGGACAUGCAAACAGUUUCCUGGCAAGACGUGGUAGCCAGGUUAAUGACCCUCCGAGACCAGAACCCCAAGACGGCCACUAACAUGCCCUCGAAUCUGCGUCGUUUUAUCGGGAGCCAGUCCAAGGAGAGACUUGACGCUCAUGACAUAGCGAACCGAUUGAUGCGCAAGGACAACUACCUCAUCGCGAUGAUAAACAAGGACAUACUGAAAUUCUCGCUCCCAUUGCCUUUCUUACGAGGAAGGCAGCUCUUUUCGAAGACGAUGGAGUGGUAUCUACAUUACGGUAUCAUGGACAUGGCUUUCAACGAGCGUGGCCAGGUGCGUCAGGACUUUCUUCGAGCCGAUCGGAGGGGUCUCCUCAGUGAGAAGCUAAAGCAAAGACUUUACUUUGCUGGUUUUCUUAACCUCAUAUUCGCGCCGGUCAUGCUUGCAUACGUGGUGAUAGUAUAUUUCUUCACGUAUUAUCAUGAGUACCAAAAAGAUCCAAAGCUGGCAACCGCGCGGAAGUACACUGCUCUCGCUGAAUGGAAGUUCAGAGAGUUCAAUGAGUUGCCCCAUAUAUUCUACGAGAGACUCCACAUGUCGUUUCCAUUCGCGACGCGGUACAUUGAUCAAUUCCCAAAGCGCAUGACGGAGGAGAUUGCCAGAAGUAUCGCAUUUAUGUCUGGGGCCAUAAUGGCAGUUUUGGCCGUUUGCACUGUCCUCGACUCAGAACUGUUUCUCGGCUUCGAGAUAACGAAGGAUCGAACAGUGCUCUUCUAUUUGGGAGUAUUUGGUGGUAUCUGGGCUCUGACCAGAGGCAUGGUCUCAGAGGAGACGAGCGUUUUCAACCCCGAGUACGCUCUGCGCAACGUCAUCGAGUACACGCACUACACGCCUGACCACUGGCGGGGCCGCCUCCACAGCUUCGAGGUCAAGCAAGAAUUCUCUGAACUGUACAAGAUGAAGGUUGUGAUAUUCCUGGAGGAAUUGAUGGGCAUCAUCACAACACCCAUGCUGCUACUCUUCUCGCUCCCGAAAUGUAGCGAACAAAUCGUCGACUUCUUCCGGGAGUUUACCAUCCACGUGGACGGACUGGGGUACGUGUGCUCGUUCGCAGUCUUUGACUUCAAGAAAGGAGUUGGGAACACUUGCCAGCAAGGCCUUGGACAGGACGUGCGAGAGGACUACUACUCCACCAAGCACGGCAAGAUGGCCGCCUCAUACUAUGGAUUUCUCGAUAAUUAUGUUGUUAACCCGAAGACGGGUAUCCCAGGGCACAUGCCGCCAGGUAUGCGCCAGCAGUUCCACCCUCCGCCUGCUUUCCCCAGCCUCAACUCGCCUACACUUGCCGCCGAUAUGCAAGGAUCAUCGCCGAACCGCCCAGUGGAAUCCAGCCGCGCACGGAGCAAAGCGGGCGGAGCAGGACCUGGAUCAGGAGCGGGCACGUCACAUACGUCGCGCUUGGGAAAGGGCUUGGCACAACCGUCGCCGAUGGCAUCCGUACUUCUGGACCCCCAUCACCAGCCCGGAUUUGGCGCGAGGAGCCAACAUCGGCCUAGGACCUCCCGGCAGGGUUACCGAAUGGACAGCCAAAUCAUCGAAGAGACUCUGGAGGAUGGAGAGGCAGGCUCUAGACCGGGGAGGGCGGAUGACUCUUAUGAGGGUGAUGGAAUUCUCGGCGAAUCGGCAUGGGAGACGUCGCCUGGCAACAGACUGAGCCGGGAAAACAGCGCGACGAACGCCGAAGAGCCUGAUGAGGGAGUCCUAGGUCUCCUAUAUCAACUACGGCAGACGCAGCACAAUCGGCGAGGAGGCGUUGUCUGAUGACGUGCACCAUGACGAAACUGUACCUUAUGUAUCGCGCUAUGCGGCUAAAGUUGGAAAGUUGGCUGCACGGCGGCAUUCGAGUCGCUUGCCGGGCUCUCAGGAACGGCGUGAACGCAGAGCAGAACCGAGCUGAAGCAAGGCCAUCAGGACCUGGGGCGGCAGAUGAGGCACUCUUCUCUCCUGAGGCACGCCAUAUGUGCGGAUGGAUCGUAGGGAGGGCCGAACAGACUCCGAGCUGGUGUCGGCUGGUCGGUGAUACGAUACGAUGGCGAGCGUGAAUUUAAGCCCUUGGCGUCCUUUCUGACCAGGGGCCGCCCGCCUCAAGAGUGGACGAAGUGGCGCAAACCAAUGCGUGCUGCAACCACAUCGUUAGGUACCACAGAGAGUCCGCCGUUCGCUGUCGGCGGGUGUUGCCCACGCUCUCCCGCCGUUGACGGUCAUAUCCACUGCACAUGUCCUAGGUAUAUUUAAAUGUGUCACAUCCACCUUUCGUACCUACUGAAGUAAAUAGUGGCU